CUGAAAGAAGUUAAACACGUGCUUAAGUGUAUGAAUGGGCUGCCCCGUAAUGUGAUUUCAGAUGGAAGUGCCUGUAGGCUACGGAGCUUCAUUAAGAAGAAUCGUUCUGGGCUUACCAAAGUAGAUGAAUUAAAUGCCACCCCACUGCAUCAUGCUGCAGAAGGAGGUCAAAUAGAAUUAAUGCAGUUGAUCAUAGAUGAUUCUUCCUGUGAAGUAUUAAAUGUGAUGGAUUCUUCUGGAAAUACCCCACUGCACUGGGCCACAAAGAAAAACCAGGUUGAAAGUGUUAGUUUGCUUCUGAGCAGAGGAGCCAAUCCAAACAUUCUCAACUCCAAUAUGAUGGCACCUUUGCAUAUGGCUGUGCAGUCCCUGCAUAAUGAAAUUGUUAAGAUUUUAGUCCAGCAUAGCAGUACAGAUGUUAAUUUGGAAGGUGAAGCAGGGAACACACCUAUAAUUGUAGCAUGUUACAAGGACAAUCCUGAAGCACUGACACUCCUGAUUGAAAAUGGAGGGAAAAUAUGUAAACCAAAUAAAACGGGAUGCAUGCCUAUCCAUGCAGCUGCAUUUUCAGGUGCAAAAACAUGUAUGGAAAUUCUUUUAAAAAAAGGUGAAGAAUUGGGUCACUCUGCUAAAACCCACAUCAAUUUUACCAAUAAUGGAAAGUGCAGUCCACUUCAUUUGGCAGUUCAAAGCGGGGACCUUGAAAUGAUUAAAAUGUGCAUUGAAUUUGGAGCCCAAAUUGAUCUAAAACAGAAUGAAAAAUGCACAGCACUUCAUUUUGCUGCCACUCAAGGAGCAACUGAGAUUGUAAAGUUAAUGAUGUCAUCCUAUGCUGGUGAGGAAUCCAUUAUUGAUGCUGUAGAUGGGAAUAAGGAAACACUGCUACACAGGACAGCAUUGUUUGAUCAUUAUGAACUGGCAGAGUAUUUGAUUUCAAUGGGGGCUAAUAUUGAUAGUGUUGACAUAGAAGGUCGAUCCCCGCUUCUGUUGGCCACUUCCUGUGCGUCAUGGAAAAUUGUGAAUUUACUGCUCUCAAAAGGAGCAAAUGUAUCAUUAAAAGAUCAUCUUGGUCGGAAUUUCUUGCAUUUGACGGUAUUGCAGCCUGGAGGAUUGCAGCAUCUGAAUGAGAAAUUUCUGCAGAUGGAACAUAUUAAAAAUCUUGUAGUGGAUGAAGAUAAUGAAGGAUGCACUCCAUUGCAUUAUGCAUGCAGACAAGGUGUGGCCCUCUCUGUAAAUAAUUUACUCAGCCUCAACGUUUCCAUCUACUCUAAGAGCAGGGACAAGAAGUCACCAUUACACUUUGCUGCCAGCUAUGGGCGCAUCAAUACGUGUCAACGACUUAUAAGAGAUAUGAAAGACACAAGACUUUUGAAUGAAGGUGAUAAGAAGGGAAUGACUCCCCUUCAUUUGGCAGCCCAGAAUGGUCAUGAGAAGGUAGUUCAGUUUCUUCUGAAGAGAGGCGCCCUUUUUCUCUGCGAUUAUAAAGGCUGGACAGCCCUGCACCAUGCUGCCUUCGGAGGAUAUACUCGCACAAUGCAGAUCAUUUUGGAUACUAAUGUGAAGUGUACUGACAGAGUGGAUGAAGAAGGGAACACAGCUUUGCACCUGGCUGCAAGAGAAGGACAUGCAAAAGCAGUAAGGUUACUUCUUGACUAUGGUGCGAAAAUUCUGUUCAACAAAGCAGUAGCUUCUUUUUUCCAUGAAGCAAUACACAAUAGGAGAAAAGAUGUAGUGUCUGCUGUCAUUUUGCACAAAAGAUGGGAAGAGGCUGUUGUGACAUUCUCUCACUAUUCUAGUGCCAAUAAGUGUCCUUUGCUGGAAAUGGUUGAGUAUCUUCCUGAUUCAUUUAAACUGGUUUUGGACAACUGCAUAAUUGAGUCUUCAGAGGAAAAGACAAGUCGAGACUUCUAUAUUGAAUAUAACUUCAGAUAUCUUCAGUGUCCCCUGACGCUUAACAAGAAACUGAAGGAUGGUGAAGACAUUUUCUAUGAACCACUUACCACUUUAAAUGCCAUGGUACGCCACAAUCGCAUGGAGCUACUCAGUCAUCCUGUGUGUAAAGAAUAUUUGCUUAUGAAAUGGAUGGCCUAUGGAUUUCGAGCACAUCUGAUGAAUUUAGGCAUAUAUUCUCUCGGUCUCAUCCCACUGACUCUUCUGGUCACUCACAUACAGCCAGGAAGACCUUUGAAUGGAACAGAGAUCUAUGAAGCAAGGCCAUUAGAAUAUGAGAACUCAUACUUCACAAGGGUGUGUAUGUGUUUAGUUUUAAUUAUGAGUUUACUGGGAAUCUGCAAAGAAAUAUUUCAGCUCAUUCAGCAGAAAUUGAAAUACUUGUUGGAUUACUCCAAUUUACUGGACUGGACCAUUUAUACUACAAGCAUAAUUUUUGUGUCUUCUUUAUUUAUUAAUACACCAGCUCAUUUGCAGUGGGAAUGUGGAGCAAUUGCUGUAUACUUGUCUUGGAUGAACUUCUUGCUUUACCUUCAACGAUUUGAAAACUAUGGCAUCUAUGUUGUGAUGUUCUGGGAAAUUUUGAGGACUUUGAUUCGGAUUGCUGUCGUUUUCUUUUUCCUGAUAUUGGCCUUUGGACUGAGUUUCUUUGUCCUUCUGGGUUCACAGCAAACGUAUAGCACACCUCUGCUUUCUGUAAUGAAGACAUUUGCAAUGAUGUUGGGAGACAUUAAUUACCAUGAUGCAUUCCUUGAUCCACUACUAAGCAGUGAAUUGCCAUAUCCAUUCCUGAGUUACACAGUUCUCAUUAUAUUUACCUUGCUUAUUCCAAUCCUUCUUAUGAACUUGCUAAUUGGUUUGGCUGUUGGAGACAUAGCUGAAGUACAAAAAUAUGCUGCACUCAAAAGGAUUGCAAUGCAGGUUAAUCUUCACACCAACUUAGAGAAGAAGCUACCAUUUUGGUUCUUAAGUCGGGUGGACCAGGAAUCAAUCACUGUAUAUCCCAACAGACCGAGAUACUGUGGAUUUAUGUUUGAUGUGUUCCAGUAUUGCUUUGGGUGUGAGGACUCUACCACAGAUGCACAGAGCACUGAUACAACGUUAGAACUGGAAGUUCUGAAGCAGAAAUACAGGCUCAAAGAUAUAUCAACACUGUUGGAAAAGCAACAUGACCUCAUUAAAUUGAUUAUCCAAAAAAUGGAGAUAGUGUCAGAGGCUGAGGAUGAAGACAGCAAUGAUUUAUUUCAGCACAAGUUUAGGAAAAGGCAGUUAGAGCACAAGAAUAGUAAAUGGGAUACAGUGUUAAAAGCUGUUAAAACAAAUGUGCCUAACCCAAGCACAGAAAAGAACAAUAGCUUCUUCUAG